CUGUACAUGUAAAGGAGGGUGAGUAUUAAGUGAUAUUCAUUUGUGUACAGUAUUGUUAUAUAUCAAUACCUACUACUAGUAGUAUUGUUAUUCCUAGUCUUAAUGCCAUGUGCAAGAAUAAUCAUUUUCAUAUUAAAUCAUUUGUCUAGUAUAAUCAGUGUCUUUAAUAAAAGGAUCUGCAUGUGCUGACUCAGUCCCACACCAAUGUUUUUAGGUUUUGUAAACUCCAUUGACAAAUUCAAGUUCACUAAUGUAUGUUUACAGGAUAGAUGGCAGCUGUAGACAUGUAGUAGCCACACUGUUUGAGGUCAAUGACUUCUUGAAUGAUGAAUCAAAGACCACCUGUACAUCUAAACCCUGCACAUGGAAAAGGAGAGCCUGUGAAGCAGACAAAUUAUCCCAGCCUAUUCCUGCUGCUGACCUAGAUACAUCUGUAUUAUCUUCAUCAAGCUGCCAGACAACAAGACCAAACUAUUGUCCUUUGGCUGAGGAUGUUCCUAAACCAGAUCCAGAUGUGUUUUUGAAGCAGUUACAGACAUUGUGUCCAAAUGCAUGCCUAGUAAAAUCUGUUUUUAAAACAACAGCUGCCUUAAUUGCUCAGCCUGCUCUAACAGUAAUAACACCAAUGCAAAAGUUAGCAUCAUUUGUUUCUUCACAUACAUGUAUUACUGAUACUUGCUCAUGUGCUACCAUAUUUUUGUAUUAUCAUUUACCUUACACUCCUGAGCAAUGUUCAGAAAAUUGA